AUGCAAAUUUCUAGCAAAAUAAUUGUAUGUUCAGUGGUUAGUGCUGGCAUUGUGACCGGUUACUUGGCAUGGCGCCGUGCAACGAGGCAGAGAAAAUGGAAAGAAGUCGCAACUGUUUCGAAUCUUUUUAUUUAUCCAGUCAAAUGUUGUCGUGCGAUGGCUGUGGAAAGUUUCACAACAAAGAAACAUGGAGCCAUGACGAAAGGCGGAGUAAUAGGAGACAGGACUUUAAUAGUCGUGUACAACAAUGGCCGAGUUCCAAGAAUUCCUGCUGUUCCUCCCCCUGAGAUGGAUUCAAUUGAGUUCAACGUACCGAUUACUGGCCAAGUAGCAACGUUUCAACUAUACGAAAAGACAAUGUCAGGAAUCGAUUGUGGUGACGAGGUUGCAGCAUGGUUAACUAAAUUUAUGAAAGUGGAUUCUGCUAGGCUCAUUUUUCACGCACCCAAUCUCCCCACAAGAGAGAGUUCAAUGUUUGCCAAGUUUGGUCAUCUCGGCGUCUAUUCAAAAAAGUUAAACUUGGUGUUUCAAUAUGCGUCACCAUUCAACAUGAUCUCGCAAGCUUCAAUUGAUGAUCUGAACAAAAAAUUGGAUGACAAACGUAACGUGACAGCUAGGAACUUCAGACCCAACAUUGUGAUUGACGGAUGUGCUGCUUAUGCUGAAGACAAUUGGCGGCGUAUACGGAUUGGUACGGCGGAAUUUUUAUUUGUUCGUCAUUGCACUAGGUGUCUUGUAACCACAGUAGAUCCGGAAACAGGAAUCAGAGAUCCGGCACAGACUACUUUGAAAACAUUACGUAGCUACCGGUCAUGCAAGCCAGAAGAAAAAGAACUUUGCAGAAAUGCCCCAAAAUUAUCUGUAGAGUUUUUAGCAAUCAAGGAAGGAAACGUUUCUGUCGGUGAUAAAGUUUAUGUGGAAGAAUAAGCUUGCUCUAAUUAGUUCAUGAAUUUAAAAAAGUAUAUCAGGGAAAUGCACUAAUGCGGUAUCAAUAUGCACAUAUCUGUAUAGCUUAAUGAAAAAUAUCGAGAUAUCUGUGGAUUUUUACUAUAUGGAUAGAUAACUUUGAUUACUGAUGAACUAAGGUGUCGCUGACUCGAAAACUUUUACAGUCCUUCGC